AUCAGUUCAGGUUAAAAUCAGCUCAGUUUAAGAAUCGGCUCAGUUUGGGAAUCGGCUAAGGGUGAAAAUCGGCUCAGUUUGGGAAUCGGCUCAGGGUGAGAAUCAGUUUAGGUUGAAAUCAGCUCAGUUUAAGAAUCGGCUCAGUUUGAGAACCGGCGCAAGAUGGCGGAGACGGGAGUGGCGGGCAGCAAAGCAGCUGCUGCAUACGUUUAUGACCAUGUCAAGGAAUACUACGGGAAAAAACUGAAGCAAAGCUCUGAUUUGCAGAGCAAUGCAUGUGUCCCUUCACCAAAACCCAUCCCUGUCUACAUUCGAAAAGCUCUGGCUGCAGUUCACCCGGACGUCACGGCAAAGUACUAUGGCUGUGGUCUGGUAGUGCCCGAGUGUGUGGAGGGUUACAGGGUGUUGGAUCUCGGCUGCGGCAGUGGACGUGACUGCUAUGUGCUCAGUCAGUUGGUGGGCAAGAAUGGACACGUCACUGGACUCGAUAUGACAGAAGAUCAGCUUGUGGUUGCAAGGAAGUAUAUAGACCAUCACAUGAAGGCGUUUGGGUAUGAGAAGCCAAAUGUCGACUUUGUUCAAGGAUACAUGGAGGCCUUGAGGGACGCAGGGCUGGAGGAGAACUCUUACGAUAUAAUCAUCUCAAAUUGUGUAGUGAACCUUUCACCUGACAAGGCUCGUGUCCUGAGAGAGGCCUACCAUGUACUGAAGGAAGGGGGAGAGCUGUAUUUCAGUGACAUUUACAGCAGUGCCCUGAUUUCAGAAUCCCUUAAAGCCAACAAAGUGUUGUGGGGCGAGUGUCUGAGUGGAGCUCUUUGGUGGGAGGAUCUUGUGCGAUUGGCUGAGGAGGUUGGCUUCUGCAAACCCAGACUUGUCACAGCUAGUAUCGUUACUGUGGACAAUCAGGAGCUCGAGAAACUUCUAGGUGACUACAAGUUCGUCUCUGCUACGUACCGUCUCUUCAAGUUACCGAAGAGUUCUAAGAAGGAGCCCUGUCUUGUAAUGUAUGAUGGAAACAUUACAGGGUUGGAGGAGAAAUUUGAGUUUGAUGCUCAGUAUACUUUUAAGGUGAACGAGGCAAAGGAGGUGGAUGGAGAUAUGGCCAGCAUUUUAAAGAACUCCAGGUUUGCUGAAGAGUUCACGUUCCAGACUCGAGCACAGACAUCAGGAUCGUGUGGGGCCAAACCCAAGGUCAUGCCUACGAACCCCUUCGAACUGGCAGAGCAGCUGAAAAGUGCACGUACGGCUCCAUCCACAGGGUUGUGCUGUGGCCCUCAGAAGACCUGCUGCAAGUGAAGGUCCAAAAAAUAUUCAAAGGAUAAAAUGUGGAACUGAAUUCAGGCAGUCUUAUUAUGCAUAAAUUUAUAAAAUCGUUUCAACUAAACAUAGGUUUUUUAAAAUAAUUUUUGGAUAAAAUUGUAUUAAUCAAAUUGUAGUUGUAGAUACAAAAGGAUUCAUAUUAAGAAAAUGAUGUAAAUGUAAUAAUGCAGUAAUGUAUGUGAAUAUGAUGACUGUAAUGCACUUAAGUAUUUCAAGCAUUUCUGACUGUUUGUUAUGAAGGAAAUAAUCAAAAAUAAAAUUUUGCCUGCAGGAUGCUACUGUUCAAGCUGCAUUUUAGUAUCAUCGAAUGUUUCUCAAAGCGGGGUCCGGGGGGGGGGAGUCCAAGGCUGUGUCUGAAAUCGCUCCCUCACUCAUUCACUACUCACUAUAUAGGGAAUUACUAUAUAGGAGACUGUGUCGUGAGCUCAUUGGUUAAAUGAAGAAACACUUUCGGACACUAGUCUGCCACGCUGUUAUUUACGUCGUUAUUGUCACACGAUUAAAACGUGCCAGAUCAGUCGGCUGGUGGGUUUUCAAAAUAAUGAAUCCAUGCAUGCAUUUUUGUGAUAAAUCCAUAUUAUACUGAGCGUAUAAUUUCCCACAUUAAUCAAUGCAAAGUACUUUGUGUCUGCUGCGUCUUCCAGUUCUUUUAAAUCAAGGCUGAAUCCUUUUUCUUUUGUCGCUGCCUUUUAUUAAAUCAAAUUUGAGGCUUUUGAUUAAUUCCUCACUCUGCACUGUCACUUCUAUUCUUGUAUUUUAUGUCUUAUUCCAUUUUAGCUUAUUUUCUAUUCUCUUACUAUUUUUAAUUGUACUUGAAUGUCCGUUUAUAAUGUGUUUUUUUUCUCCAUCCUUUCACCCCAACACACUCCCCUCCCCCACUUUCAGCACAAUGGCAAUGCAUAAUUGUGUGUGUGUGUGUGUGUGUGU